AUGGCGCAUUUUAAAGACCACGGAAUUAAUUUUCCUUUGUUUUCGAUGGCUACAUUUAUGUUAAUUGCUAUGCACAUAUCCCUCGAUUAUUCUAAUGUCAUACAGAACCCUGUCCACAGAGUCACGAAUUGUCCACAAAAUGACACAGAAUGGAAAAAGGCUUCUAGAAGACUAAACUGUACUGAUGACGACGCUAAAUCAGUUAACAGAUACCACUGUCUACCGAAUAGUGAAUUGAGUACUUUGUUGGAAUUCUGUUACAGUCAGACAAGGACUCUGGUAGAAGAAGGAAAUUGCAUGCAGCUUGUGUCAUCAAUUCACAUACUGAAUAACUACCGGUGUGAUCAAUUCGAUACUGGAUGUCCAGAUAUACCAUAUUUCAGUGACAAGACUUACAAUUAUCUAGAAUGUGUGGAGAUUGACCCGGAAAACCAUUGUUAUUUGGCAGAGCCAUCGUGCAAAACAACUACGAGCAAAUACAGUUCUCGUUACACAAUUAGUUCGUCAUAUGAGGAAACAUCGUCAAAGUCAUCGACUGCAAAGAAGGAAGAUGAAGAGGAAAAAGUCUCAAUAAUCGCCCCAAUCAUCUUGACCAUUUUACUGUUGAUAGCAAUUUUUGUGGGAAUAUUUUGUUGGAAACUUAGGGUGAAAUAAGCAGUUUCCCGUCAUGGGAAACCACAUGGAAACCUCAAGUUUAAAACAUGUUUCCCAGUGGUUUCCGCAGAGGAUGCCAGGUUAUUCCAUCAAGUUUCUGUGGCACGGAAACUACUACGCUCCAAUUCCAUUAGGUAUCCCGAACCAAGGAAACCUGAAGUUCCCCGAGCCUCCAUGUAGUUUCCCUAAUGGGAAACCUGAAGAUUCCACUGCUUUCCAAAAUUAGGAAACUAUAUGUGGAAUAGGAGCGUAGUGGUUUCCAUGGAAUGGAAACUCGAUGGAAUCCUCAGGUUUCCCAGUAACGGAAACCAGAGGAAACCUCGUGAUUCCCGAAGUUUCCAUGACUCAGGAAACUACAUGGAAUUGGAGCGUAGCGGUUUCCGUGUAAUGGAAACUUGGUGGAAUCAUCUGGUGUCUCAUAAAAAGAAAUUACAGGGAAACUUCAAGAUUCCCUUAUUUUUCUGAGACGGGAAGCAAUGUGUAGUUGUGGUGUAAUAGUUUCCAUACCAUGGAAACUACAGGGUAGGUUGAGCAUUUCAAUUUUGAGAAAUGAUUGACAAGCAUUUGGAAGCUCAAGGAUCCCUGCAUUUUCCAUGGUGAAUCUUUCUUGUCUAGAAUGUGAAAAGAGAACAGCAGGUUUAAAUCAAAUUAUAUAUUAUUAAUUUCCUUGGUAAAAGGUGUUUUCUUUUCAAAAUCUAUUAAGAAAAUGUAUAAAGAGGAAAAAGCAUUAUAAAAUCAUAUGUUAAUAAUUCAUUUGAUGUGCAAAAACAUUAUUUUAA